AUGGAGAGUCAACUAUCCAUCAAUUCUACCGCUAAACUUAACGACGGGCGCGAAAUUCCUCUUCUUGGUCUCGGUGUCUAUCUUUCGCCACCCGGUGAUGUUACCAAAAACGCCGUGUUGACGGCUCUGGCGGCUGGAUAUCGUCAUGUAGACACUGCGACUUUAUAUCGAAAUGAGGCUGACGUUGGCGAAGCUAUCUUAGCUCGGGAUAGUCCUCCGCGUGAUGAAGUUUUUGUAACGACCAAAAUCUUGAACGCCCACCAAGGAUACGAAAACACGCUCGCAGCGGCCGACACAUCGCUGGUCAAACUCAAAACCGGUUACAUUGAUCUGUUGUUAUUGCAUUCGCCUUUGCCGGGAAAGAAGAAACGACUGGAAAGUUACCGAGCUUUAGAGGAAUUGGUCAAAUCGGGUAAGGUGAAAAGCAUUGGAGUAUCUAACUACGGUAUCCACCAUCUGAGGGAACUAUUCGAGACGAAUCCAGAGAUUAAACCCGCGGUUAAUCAGAUUGAGGUACACCCAUGGUGCCGCCGACAGGAAUUGACUGAUUUUUGCGAAGCCAAUUCUAUUGUCGUUGAGGCAUACUCACCAUUAGCAAAAGCUCAACGGCUUGACGAUGCCAGUCUUGUCCAAAUUGCGCAAAAAGCACAACAAAACUUCUGCACAAAUUUUAAUUCGUUGGGGUCUCCAGCAUGGCUUUGUGAGCUUGCCGAAAAGUAUAAAUAA